AUGACGAACCAGAAUCUAAGCCCCAACCAGAACCUAAGCCCUAACCGGAAAAUGACGGACCAGAAUCUUAACCCUAAAGCCGACCCCCCUGACCGGAAUAAGGUAGAAUUCCCUCUGCUCAACGACGCGAUUCGAUUGGGAGUGAAUGGAAGAUACUCGAAGCGACGGCGAUCUCUGGUGGACAAAGGGGAGUGGAUGGUAGCAAAAACAAAGGAAAGAAAGCAAGGAACCGCUACUAGGCUGGCGUCGGACCCACGUCCAAAGACGAAACCCAAUAACGGUACAAGCGGUUCCCGAUUUGAAGCUUUUAAUGGGAUGACUGAUAAGGAGGGCCAGGGAAGCGAGGAGACCCAGUUGGAGAGCAAUGAACACGAGGCUAUUUAUAUCCCUCCGAAACAGGAUAAAGGCAAAGGAAUAGCGAGGACCAAGGAGGAAUGGCGGGCCAUGAAAAAUAAAGGGAAGGGGCAACUGAACGUGAAUCUUGUAAGUAAUGGCGAGGGGGCUCAGUCUAAUACACCUAUAGGAACGGAUGAACAGCAGGUACAAGUAGUGCAGAAGAAGGGACAAGAAGGAAGAGGCGGGGAAUUAACCAGUAGAUCCAGGCUCGCGGCCACUGAGGAAUCUCUUGAACUUCUUAGUUCUCAAGGUCAAAUUGUAUUUAAGGCGGCGUCCAGCCUGGACUCGUCGAAACAUAGUGCGGUUCACGUAUUAGACAACCCCAUAUUCAACGAUAAUAAUGUAUCAGGCCCUGAAGCUUUCUUCGAGAACCAAAAGGAGGACAUGACAAUGAUUGAUUCACCGACCUCGCAUCACAAGGAUCUUUCUUUAUCAGAUGUCCAAGCUGAUGGGGGCUCGUCAAGCCCCACAAAGGCCAGACUUUCUAUGGCCGAAUUUCUUUCCUCCGAUGGUGGCCGCGAAACAAGACCU